GCAGCAAAAGUACAGUUUGCUAGUCGAAUUAGCGCUGCUUUAAGACGAAGGGCAGAAUACCAAAAAGAGUUUUUUUUCCAGCGACAAAGGACGUUUGCAUAACUUAAUCACACGAAACGAAGCUGAUUGAAUGUAGACGAAGAAGCAGUUGAUGUGGUUCAUGCUAACUAUUCCGCGUGAUGAACUGUUUGUGUUCACAUGUUAUUAUUAUUUAACCAAAAGAGCUUACUGAAGCUAUAAAUGUUUGCAUUUCAUAACACCAGAAAACGCUACGUUUAAAAACUACAUACGUUUAGGAGCCCAGAACAGACCACAAAAACUAUGUCCGUCAUCACCAAGGUGUCCAAGUGGUGCUCCAAAUAUCUGGACCAAGACCCUGAUGACCCCUUGGGUGAAAAAUCUGCCUCAUUCUGAACUCAUUUGUUUCUGAACUCACAUCUGUUGCAACAUACAGCACACAACACUACUACUCGGGUUACACUCCUGCAUCAGAUGGCGUUCUGCCUGGGUGAGCUGCACUUGUGGUCCACCAAGACCUCGCUCCAAGUCAAAGAUACAGAUAUUGGCACCUAUCAGUACUACGAUAAAGGAGAGCCAGCAAAUCCUCUGGAGCAUCACUACUACAAUGAAAAAAACCAUUUCUGUGAAGCUCGAGGCUACUCAUGGACCCCCAAGAACCGCCGACCCGAGAAGCUACGUGAUUCGCUGAAGGAGUUAGAGGAGCUGUUGCAGACCAACACCUGCAUUCAGACCAGAUGGAGGAGCAAACAUUGCUGCCAGGUGAUGUUGAGCAGUGGAGUCCUGGUGACUCUGACCCUUACUGGACCUGAACUUGAACAAGUGUUCAUAGACCGAACAUUAACCGGCCGACUACCAGCCAACACUGUGACUGAUGCGGUGCUGAGCGACAGGCUGAUUCUGCUGUCCUUCCUGGAGCAGAGCCAAGUGGCUGCAGUGUACCUCAACCAAAAGAACCAGGACACACCAGAGACGGGCAGGCGAACAGAGAAAAUGUCACUCUCUGAAAUCAAGGUGUUGUGUGUUGACAUGAGCGGGCAGAGUCGUAGGCUCCAAAGACAUGUCGGUCUCAACUGUCUCCAGGAUGUGGCGCUCUGUUGGUGGAGCCUGGAUUAUCCCAGUGAGGAGCCGUGGCCCUGGACUCCCACAAAUGCACUCAGGAACAACCUGGUCCUGUUCAGCUGCUCACUCACAGAAGGCCUCAAGAUCUUAAGUGCUGUCCGGACAGAAGGUCAUCCCUUGGACUGUCGCUUCAGCCUGCUCCAGCCAUACCAGCUGCUAACAGUGGAGCUACCUGCAGGACCUCAAGGAACCAGAGAGGGGUCCUUGGCCAACACCUGUGUGUAUGAAUGUGCACGAGAACGCCUGCACCGCCUCUCCGUCAUCCGCAUCCCACUACCAUCCAAUCCCAUGUCCUGCUCCCGUCACCCCUCUGAGACCACACUUCUCCUAGGCUUAAGUGACUCUUCCUUGGUCCUCUAUGACCAGCGGCGAGGGGUCUCUCUCCUUUCCCCCUGUCCUGUGCCACCCAACCUCCUGGCUUGGCACCCUGCUGGGGCUGUGGUCAUGGUAGGGGGAGGGCAGGGGGAGCUGAUGUGCUUCGAUGUGGGAUUGGCACCUUUAGGUAUGGCACUGUUAGCAGAGGAGAUGGCCUCAGCUGCUACGCUAAGACUGGCUCAGCACCUGCGCUGCUGUGGAGGCCUGGAGGGACUGUGGUGGGGGGCUGGCCUGGAAGGAGCCCCAGAGGGGGUGGAUACCCUGAUGCUGGCCUUACAUGGAGGACCACUGGCAGCCCUGAGAUUCAGACUGGGAGCUUUGACUGGAGGCCAGAUGGGUCAUGUUGAGCUGCUGCAGCAGCGUCUACGUUGCGGUCAGGUCAGAGAGGCGCUGAGCAUUCUGGAGGCUAUGGAUUGGAGCAUCAUGGGAGACGAGUGCUACAGAAGUCUGAGUUUGAUCACCAACCACCUACUAAGGCUGGAGUUAAAUGCAGAGAGAGAAGCCCAGCUGGAAGCUGCUCUGGGUGUAUUUUAUGCUUCACCUGCCCCUCUUUCUGAUGUGGUGAUACUAGAGUAUAGGGAGCCAAUCAGCAAGUACGCCCGCCGCUUUUUCCACCACCUCCUCAGGCACCAGCGCUUUGAGAAGGCCUUCCUACUCGCUGUAGAUUUAGAAGCAAGAGAUUUAUUUAUGGACCUCCAUUAUGUUGCAAGCGAUAAGGGCGAGGUGGUGCUAGCAGAUGUGGCCAAGAGGAAAGCUAAUGAAAUCGAGGCCCAGGCCAUCACAAGCAAUGUAGAGACAGGAGACAGAGAUGUUGGAUUAAGUGAGUCCAGCUCAAGGGACAGGCAAACAGAGGGAACCCAGAGUACAUCAAUACCUCCAUGCCCAGACACCCUGAAGAUGCAAGCCAAUCAGAGAAGACCACAAGAAGAGAGCACACGUGUGACUGUUGACCUGGAUGUGUUCAGAGCUCUAAGUCAAACAGGAAGCAGCAGAAGACACAGAGACAACAGAAACGAGGAAGAUGAUCCCGGGACGCUCCAUGUGGUCCAUUUAGGAAUGGUUUGAGAGCACUUUAUAAAUCCCAGUUGGACACUAAAGAGGAAACAGAACAUCUCACCAACAACAGGCUCUCUUUGUCUUUAUUUUUAAAUGUACUGUAUUUACCUACCUUUUAGAACACCUGAGAGAUUAGAGACUGACUGUACAGACCAGUAUAUGGUGAUGAAGAAAAACAGAAGUAUUAUUUGUAAAUACAUUUACUUUGAGUUACCAGUUCUGUUACAUAAAACUUUGAUUUUAACAUGUUUUAUAGUUUAUCUUUAAAUUGCAGCCAGGUUAAAAAACACUACAUGGCAUCAUGAUGUAAAAUCAGUUUAUGUUCUGUCCCAGUGAGGUCUCAACCAAAUCAGCCUUAAAAGAAAACAGUUCUACAAACAUAACAGAACAUGUUCAAACCUUUUUAUUA